AUGGGACAUAGGGGAUCUAAAAAAAGGGGUAGGCCUAUUGUUGACUUAGGUCAACUUUCAUCCGAGGAGUUAUCCAUUCAGCCGAAAAACAAACAACGAAUUGUGAGAACGAGUGGUUUCGGCAGUGGGGGCAUUUUAGAUUCGCUCAAUGUUCAUGAGCAAGGGAAAGGAACUAAAUGUAACGUUGUUCAAAUUUCGGGAGAUAAUGUUACCGCUAAAGGCCAAAUGGAAGUUGAUGUGUUGGUUGCAUGUUCUGAGGAUAAUGUUGCGGUAGUUAUGGAAGAACAGCCGAAACUUGCUACAGGUGCCGAAAAUAUGAUUGUACAGAAAGGAUCCAAAAAAAGAAAGAUCAGGCCUAUUGUCGAUUUAGGUGAACAUUCGUCAGAAACGGUGAUGCCGUUGCCGACGAAUUUUCGGUCAGGCAGUCGAUCGGUUGGAGGCAGGGGUGGGCAAACCCCAGUUCCUUUCGAUGGUCGUAAGGAUGGGGAAGAAACUAUAUGUAAUGCUCCUCGAGUUCCGGCAGACGUCGUCACAAAAAAAGGUCAACCGGGUGUUGAUGUAUUGGUUACAUCUACUGAGGAAAACGUUGUGUUGGUUAUGGAAGACAAUCCGAUAAAUGUUCAUCACGUGGAUACAUAUGGUGAAAUCUUGCGGUCAGCACAUGGACACCUGUUCGCUGAUUAUUUUGAAGUGCCUAUUCAAGAUUGUGAAGAAGUAAAAAAAUCCAGAAGUAGUUGGAAACCGUGUAAUGCAGAAAAUUUUUCGGCAUUGCCGUAUUCCGACGAGACAUGGCAUACUGUACCAGUAGAAGUUUGUGAAAAUCUUCCAGUUGGCCCUCUUGUGCUUGAGAGUGCUCCGUGUUGUUUGUAUUGUAAUGCAAAGAAAUUCAUGUAUGAAACUCCGAGUUUCUGCUGUUGUGGUGGACAGGUUGUGAUUGCAGCUAAUCAAUUUCCUGAUGAGUUAUGUCGAUUAUAUUUAUCAGAAGAGGAAGACGCUAAACAUUUCAAGCAAUACAGCCGAAUGUAUAACAAUCUCUUUGCUUAUAGUUCUAUACGCGACAAAACGGAGUCGACAACAUAUAAGGGGAUAUAUUUAUUUAAAAUGCAUGGGCAAGUAUAUCAUUCUGUUCCAGAUCUUUUGCCUGAUGAUGGUAGCCCUAAAUUUUUGCAGCUCUAUUUUUAUGAUGGCCAGCACGAAGUUCAGAAUCGAGUAAAUUGUUUUCCUGAAGUACAGGAGGAUAUUAUUCGUAUAUUAAUGAAGAUUACUGAAAUGAAUCCAUAUGCAAGAUUUUUUAGAUCGUUAAGGGAAAUAGAGAUAGAUGAAAACACGCAGAUAGUAUUAUCUCAAAAUACUGUUUUGGAUCAACGUGUUUAUAAUGCACCUGUUUCUGAUGAAGUUGCUGCAGUAUGGCCAGAUGGUGCGUCUUCAAGUCAAAUUAGCACUCCACAUAUUAUUGUGCAUGGAAAGUCUGCCCAAACUCAUCAGAUUUGUCAUUAUUAUGGGUGCUAUGAUCCAUUACAAUACCUGUUAUUAUUCCUUUUUGGUGAAUGUGGAUGGACUCAGAAUCUUAAGAAACGAAAUGUUGGUGGGAAAAAUCAUACAAAACAGGUUCCAGAUCCUAUUAAUUCCUAUGUAGUUCAUACCGUGCAAAAUUUCUUAGAUGAAGAAGAAUCACGGACCGUUAAACACAGGACGAGAGCUGAUAAGUAUAUCUCUCCAAGAGAAUACUAUGCCUACAUAUUACAAAUGAGGCCUUCAAAUAUGCUCCUUAGAAGUGGAAGAUGUUUUCAACAAUUUGUUGUGGACAUUGUGACAGGUGGAGAGGUAGAUGCUUCGAAGAUUGGACAUCUUGUUGUUUUACCUCCGUCGUUCAUUGGGUGUCCUAGAGAUCUAAAACGUCGGUAUCUAAAUGCAAUGGCAUUAGUUAAAAGAUAUGGGAAACCGGAUUUGUUUAUUACUAUGACAUGUAAUGCAAAUUGGCCCGAAAUAAAGUGUGAAUUACAACCUGGAGAGAAAGCUCAGGAUAGGCCAGAUAUAGUGGCCCGUACAUUUCGUGCAAAACUAUUGGCGUUAAAAAAACAAAUUAAAAAAGAAAGAAUUUUUGGUGAAGUGGCAGCAAUGAUUUAUGUUGUUGAGUUUCAAAAAAGGGGAUUACCACAUGCACAUUUUUUAAUAAUACUGAAACGUGAUUUCAAGAUAAGAGGGCCAUCAGAGUAUGAUAAGUUUGUUUGUGCUGAAAUCCCAUCAUUUGAUAAUCCUAGUCUUCGUAAAGUUGUCUUGACUCAUAUGAUGCAUGGGCCUUGCGGGAAGCUGAAUCCUAAGUGUCCUUGUAUGAGAAUGGAUGGGAAAAAAAUGGUCUGCAAAAAUGGAUAUCCAAAAGAUUACAAUUCAGAGACAGCAAAGAACAAAGAUGGGUAUCCUGUAUAUAGGAGAAGACAAACGGGUGAAAAAGUAAAGGUUCGAAGGGCUGAGUUAAAUAAUCAGUGGGUAGUACCUUAUAAUCCAUAUUUAUUACUUAUGUUUGAUUGUCAUAUAAAUGUUGAGGGCAUGACCGAAUAUCAUUUAAGAUAUCUGCUACAAAUGAUAAAAAAAAUUGAUGAAAUAGAACAAUUUCAAUCUGGCAGGUGGGUAUCUCCGUGUGAAGGAAUAUGGCGAAUAUUUGGUUUUGAUUUAUAUGAAAAUUUUCCUCCUGUUAUGCCAUUACCAGUGCAUCUUCCAAACAUGCAAUCCAUUGCUGUAAGACCUUUUGAAAAUCUCAGACGGGUUGUUAGAGAUCCUAAGCGCGCACGUACACCUUUGACGGAAUACUUUGCAAUGAAUGCGACAAUUGAUGGUGGUGUUAACCUUUUAUACAAUGAUUUUCCAGAACACUACACAUGGAAUUCAAGUGUGAAAGAAUGGAAAGACCGAAAAAAUGCACUCACUAUUGUUGGUAGGAUAUCGUUUGUCUUGCCUGCCGAAGGUGAACGUUAUUAUCUUCGACUAUUAUUGCUUAAUGUACGAAACUCAACUUCGUUUACAGACUUACGUACAGUUGACAAUUAUGUUUGUGCUACAUUCCAAGAGACUGCUAAACGGCUUGGUCUUUUGGAAGAUAAUGAUGCUGCAUCCAUUUGCCUAACUGAAGCUGCAGAGAUACAGUUACCGUGUGCUUUGAGACGACUGUUUGCAACAAUACUGAUAUUUUGCCAGUCGAGUGUUCGAGCUUCUUUAUGGGAAAAAUAUUACACAUCAUUGUCGGAAGAUUAUAGGUACCAAUUUAAAGAUUGUCCCGGAAAAGUGAAACAACUAACUGUUAGUUUAUUAGAGCAACAUCUUGAAUCAAUGGGUAAAUCACUGAAAACAUUGGAUCAUCUGAGCUAUAAUGUCAGUGACGAGUUUAGGAAAACGAGAGAUAUAGCAGAUGCUUUAAAUACACCUAUUCCUGAAGAAUAUAUAAACUCAAGAGCAUGGUUGAAUGCAGCUCAAUUGAAAGCAUUUGAUGUCAUAAUGAAUCACGCCAAUGAGGGAAAAGGAGGUGAUUUUUUUAUUGAUGGACCGGGUGGCACGGGUAAGACUUUUUUGUACAAUUGUUUAUAUGCAGAAAUUCGAAUGAUGAAUAAAAUUGUGCUGCCCACUGCGUCAUAUGGAAUAGCCGCAUCAAAUCUACCUUCAAGCAGAACAGCUCAUUCAAGAUUUAAAAUACCUGUUGAUCAUGAGAGUUGUUUUACGUGUGAUGUGCCAAAAUAA